GCGGCGGCUGCGGAGGGCGUCCCUGCGACGCGACGCGAGGAGCCGCCUCGAGGUAUUACCCGGCGUGGAUGGAGAUGAAGCCGCUGUUGGGGGCUCCCGAAUGCGGGAGCGGGUGCACCAGUCGGCCUCGUCAGGGCACUGAGAUGAAGAUGAUGCUGCGGUGGAGACAGCUGAGGAAGCGAAGGAGCCCGCCGAAGCGGACAUCAAUGAGCUCUGCCGGGACAUGUUCUCCAAAAUGGCCACAUACUUGACUGGGGAACUGACAGCCACCAGCGAAGACUAUAAACUCCUGGAAAAUAUGAAUAAGCUGACAAGCUUGAAGUACCUUGAAAUGAAAGAUAUCGCUAUAAACAUUGGCAGAAACCUAAAGGACUUAAACCAGAAAUAUGCUGGACUACAGCCAUAUCUGGAUCAGAUCAACAUGAUUGAGGAGCAAGUAGCAGCUCUCGAGCAGGCGGCCUACAAGUUGGAUGCUUAUUCCAAAAAACUGGAAGCCAAGUACAAGAAGUUGGAGAAGCGAUGAGAAACGUGUUGGUGUGGAUCAAGUGUUUUUCAUGUGGAAGAAUGAUUUAUA